UAAAAACUAAACGGAACAAAAAAAUCACCCCUACCAAGUCUCCUCCAUCCUCAACCGCGACCCACAUGAAAAACCGUCUUGGUUCGAGCCUCCGUCAACAAGAGGAGCCGCGCCUCUACCACCAACUUUCAAGCUUCAGGACGACGAUUCCACGACAACCAGGACUCGCAGAACAAACAUUUGGAGGAACUUAGUAGUGGAGAGUUGUUAAGAUUGCAGAGUAGGUGAUUAAGAUUCGUUUCAGAGUUUAAAUCAGCCAAAACCCGCAAUGGUAUGGCCUUUUUUUUGUUUUUUGAAGGCAGAGGCUCCACUUGUACUUGUAAUUAUUAUGUGAAUCUUCUUAUGACUUGAAAUUCAUGCUCGAACUCUGUAUAAACAAGAUUGGGCAUUUAAGGAGAAUAGGAGUGGGUAGGGCUCAAACCUUGCUGAAUUUUAGCUUCAAAGCGACAAUUGAAGCUCGAAUGCUAAUAUCUAACACACACUCUGCUGCUGUAGCAGCUUCGCCUUUGUUACAGUCGGUUCAUGGUGAUGGAAAUUUAAGGCAGAAUCUGAGGAGAAACCAAAUUGGUGACAAUGUCUCCAAGAAGGAUAAGAUCAAAUUUCUCAUUACCACACUUUUAGAUCUAAAUGACAGCAAGGAUUCUGUUUAUGGUGCUCUUGAUGCCUGGGUUGCAUGGGAGCAAAAAUUUCCUAUUGCGUCAAUUAAGCAGGUAUUGAUUGCUCUUGAGAAGGAACAGCAGUGGCAUAGAAUUGUUCAGGUUAUUAAAUGGAUGCUCAGCAAGGGGCAGGGAACUACAAUGGGAACUUAUGCGCAGUUUAUACGAGCUUUAGAUAUGGACCAUAGAGCAAAAGAAGCACAUGAGUUUUGGUUGAAGAAAAUUGGUAGAGAUCUUCAUUCUGUGCCAUGGCAGCUAUGUAAUCGCAUGAUAUCUAUAUACUACAGAAACAACAUGCUAGAGAAUCUCAUAAAGCUUUUCAAAGGGCUGGAAGCUUUUGAUCGUCAACCUCCAGAAAAAUCCAUAGUGCAAAAAGUGGCAGAUUCAUAUGAGAUGCUAGGCUUACUUGAAGAAAAGGAAAGGGUAUUAGAGAAGUACAAUCAUAUCUUCGUUGAGGCAGGGAAAGGGCGGAACAAGAAGCUUAGGAAUGCUUCAUCCAUGAAAAAUAAGAAAUCAGGGAAGCCAAAAAUUGAAUCUGCUUCAGAUACGCUUGCUGAUGCUGUGGAUGACAAAAAGUUAAGUCAGAGUUUAUCAGAACAUUGCAGAUAACGUUGUCCCCUGAAUGUUUGUAAUUGCGUACUUUACAUUGGAGAAACCUUUGCAAGAUAUUUUUGGCCACUGGAACUGUUUGUUUAAUUCUUUGCUGCACCAAUGUGGAAUUAGAGGCUACUGUGGCAAGGAGGAUAAAUAUCAUUUUGUUUGUUCACUCAUCUUGUGGGAAGUGAGAACUAUACUAAUAUUUUCCUUUACCAUGGUA